GCACAAUCCAUUUUUGGAGAAAUUUUAAAAUUCUUCUAUAAAUCUGAUAAGGUCCUCUAUUUUAUUUCAUUAAUUUUCUAGUACAAAUCACAUAAUCUAGCAAAACAUAAUACAAUGGCUUCAGUUACAUCAGCUACCGUUGCAUUCCCAUGUUUCACCGGACUCAAACUCGCUGUCAACUCCAAACCCACGGCUGUGUCCAUCGCCGCCAUCAAAUCUCCCUCCAAAGCGGCGCCUAAGCUAUCCGUAAAGUCUUCUCUUAAAGAUUUUGGCGUCAUGGCCGUUGCAGCAGCAGCUUCCAUCGCUUUGGCCGGGAAUGCGAUGGCCAUUGAGAUACUCUUAGGAUCUGACGAUGGUGGUCUUGUUUUCGUACCAAGCGACUUCACGGUGGCUAAAGGAGAGAAGAUCGUGUUCAAGAACAACGCAGGGUACCCACACAACGUGGUGUUCGACGAAGACGAGAUCCCUAGUGGCGUGGACGCGAGCAAGAUCUCGAUGGACGAGCAAGCGCUUCUCAAUGGUGCGGGAGAGACGUACGAGGUUACGUUGACAGAGCCAGGCUCUUACAGUUUCUACUGUGUGCCGCACCAGGGAGCUGGUAUGGUCGGAAAGCUCACCGUCAACUAAACUGUGAGGUUGGUAGAUGAUUGAUUAUUCACAAACCAUAAUAAUAUGUAAUCUGGAAGAGUGAGUUGAAUAAUAAAAACAGGAUUUAUACAAACGAUUACUUACUGGUUUAAUGGUAAUGGCAUAAUUGGCAUUGGUUCUUUGGUACUUUUAAGCUGCUGCCAUUAAUUUAGAUCAUUUGUGUGUGUCACGUGAAAAUAAAUUUUCUUUGGAAAAGGUUGUUCUAUGUCUC